AUGAUCGCAAAUCAACUUGUCAGAUGGUUGUCCAGCUUAUAUCCACAAGAACAGAAUCUAUUAAAAUUAUGCCAAAAUUAUGAAAUGGAAGUUGUAACUAGGAUAUUCAAAUGGACGCGUGCACUUUCUCGCGAAGGUUUUAAGACUUCAAUCUUGUACUUUUCAGAAUUGCACAAAUCAUCGUCCUACGUAAAACGAAUCGUACGACCGCAUUACGUACCUGUUAUAACUAAUUACGACGCUAUCAAUGAGUUCUCCUUAGCGACCAAUACAUUCGACAUGACUUUUGCUGCCUGGCUAGUAUUAUUUAUUUACAAGGGACGCGGUUUCGAUUAUUGUUAUAAUCCACCAGGGAACAUAUUCCAUUUGAAAUUCAACACGGAAAUGUUGGUCCGUUGUGGCACGGAAAAUAUUUUACGUGAAUGGUAUUCGAUCUAUAAGAAUCGAACCGAGAUCAAUGAUUUUGCAACUUGGAGUUUAGAGGAAGGAAUCAUUGAAGUGGUUCCGAAAUCUCUUUACGACAGAAGAUAUAAUUUGCAGGGUUUGAUCAUGAAGGCUGUUAUAGUUCAGGAUUCACCGUUCAUAAAUGUAAAGGACGACGACAAAUUGGAUGGCGUAUUCGGUAAAAUAUUCAGAGAAUUAUGUGAAACUCUCAAUUUUAGUUUCGACAUAGUCUCCGAAGUAGAAGAGUACGGAAGUUGGAAUCCUAAAGAAAAAACUUGGUCCGGAGCAAUGGGAGAAUUACAUGCUGGUCGUGCUGACAUUUCUAUUUCAGAUUUUGCUAUGACCAGUGCCAGAUUAAACGUCGUCGAUUUCACGUUUCCACUUUUGAUUUCAAGAAACAGUCUAUACAUCCAAGAACCACGGGCAUUCGCGAUUGGAUGGUCGUCUUAUUUUCUAGCUUUCUCUCGUUCGGUUUGGAUAGUCAUGUUUGGAGUCUUGGUUCUUGUGACGAUCUUAUUAAUAUUUGUCAAAUUAGGAAAUGGAACCAAUCGUAAUAUAGGACAUUUAUUGUCUGAUAUUAUUUUAGAAAUUUGGGGUAUAUUAUGCCAACAGGGACUACCAGGUCCGAUAAAACAUUUCUCUUUCCUGAAAGAUUAUCGUUAA